ACAAAACACACCAAAACACACCAAAACACAGCAAAACACACCAAAACACCCCAAAAACACCUCAAAACACCUCAAAACACACCCAAACACAUCUAAACACCGUCCAAACACCCCCAAUCAUGAAUUUUAAGCGAUGGUUACUCCUGUUAGCCCUGUAUGUAUGUUUUAUGGUUGCCGGGGCGGUCAUGUUCCUGUUUCUUGAGCAGUGGUAUGAGAUGGAAGAGAGACGAGCACUGGAUGACUUAAAGAGAGAAGUUAUAGAUCUGGUGGGGUCGCUGGAGAACUCAACGCGUGGGGAAGUGGUGGCGAUGUUGGGGAAUGUUGGGGAGGAGUGUGGUCAUGACUUCCUCAGCCUUGGGGAAGAGGCGCCACUCACCUGGUCACUCUGGAACUCAUUUUUCUUCACCUUUACCGUCAUCACCACUAUAGGAUUUGGUCACAUGGCUCCAAAAACCAUGUGGGGCAGGGUUACUUGUAUUCUCUAUGCAUUUAUUGGCGUCCCCCUCAAUGGAAUUCUUAUUGCAUCUUUGGCGGACAUUUUCUCCAGUCGGGUGAUGCACUGGGACCUAAGACAGUGGGCGUCCAGAUACAAGACUUGGUUCACAGUCCUCGUAGAUUCUGUGGUGUAUCUAGUGCCAGGCCUCGUGGUGUUCCUGGUGUUGCCUUCCCUGGUGUUGAUGGCUGUGGAGGAUGACUGGACGUAUCUGGACGCGUUCUAUUUCUCCUUCAUCACCCUCACCACCAUUGGCUUCGGGGAUCAUGUCGCUGGCCAACAGGAGCGGGAUCACGUGUGGGUGUGGGUGUACAAGGUGGUGAUGGUGGUGUGGAUAAUCUUCGGGCUGGGGUAUAAUAAUGAUCAUCACCUUUGUACAGAAGGCCCUGAAGUCGAAAAAGAUUCUCAACUUCGAGAAGAAGAUGGCGUCUGCACUCAAAAAACACGUCAUUCGCGUGCAUAAGGAUUUAGGAACUGUGAGGAGGGCAAUCAACAGUAAUAGAGUCUGCCCUGAAGAGGAGAAAGAAAACGAGAAAGGCAACAGAAAACGGGAUCCAGAGUCACCAAAUCUUGAUCUUGAUACGCCCACUGACUCGUCACACGCCCCCCCGCGCACCUAUACCACGCCCACACGCCCACGCUCCGCCUCUGAGUCUGAUUUGUUCACGCCCGCUUUGACUCACCGCGAGGAACUGGAGGGAAUGAACGCAAUGCUGGACUUUAUAGAGCGCCUACUGCACCACCAGGAGAGCCGCGCCCUUACCUCCUUCAGCAGACUCCUCCACCACCACCACGACCACGACGACGAC